GCAACGACCUUGAUAGCACAUGCAGUGCAAGUGUAUGAUAUUAAACGUUGUAAUUAUGACUAUAUAUGACGUAUAAAUAACACUUGCACUGCGUGGGCUAUCAAAAUCGCUGCAGACUUUUCUUGCUCUAACUCUAGUAUUUUGUAACUCUGCCUGUGUAUGAUCCAAAGUAUCACGGCUGUGUUAUGUGGGUAAGUAACUAAGUAUUCGCUGAUAUCCUCAGAUGACACGGGACGAGAUAGUUACAUCAAAUGUUGUGUACGAGUCAGCACACGGCAUCCUAAGCAAAGGCAUGAACGAAGUCAGUGCGAGGGUGUUGGUUUUCCUGCGCUCGUCGCUGCGCACGCCCGCCUCGGAGCCGGCGCGGGAGUGCACGGCGCGCGCCCGCGAGCUGCUCCGCUGCAGCGGCUGCCUGCAGGACAUGCUCCAAAUGUUUCUUAGUACAAAAACUAUGGAUAAAGAAAACUGGAAAGUCCUCUGCGAGUGUCUCGCGGAGGCGUGCAGGGAUUGCCCGGAUAAUCAACGUUACUGCUCUACUCUGAUUCCCAUUUGCAUACAGCGAAGGGACGAGAUGAAUAACGAAAUUCUUAAGCUGCUAUACUGUUUAUUGGUGAACAAUACAAGCAAUAUCAAUUUGUUUGUUAAAUGUAACGGUACAUCUAUUUUUACCAAAGACAUAAUUCAUGAUAGCUCGAGAAUGGAACUGUUGUCCGUAGUAGUGGAGAAUGCGACCGCGGCAAAUUUAUUAAAACGUGACUCAAAUUUGCUGAUGUCCCUUAUAACAGUCGGGGAAGAGUACAAAGUCGACUGUCAAGGAUCUUGGAAGAUGGUAGAAUGGGCGUCAGUGAUUUUGUUCCAUUUAGCAUCGCAUAUUGAAGGUUUAGAGAAUUCAAUAGCAAAAACUAGAAACAGAUCGGACUUUGACCUUGAGAUGAAUAUAUCUGAAACAACUUUUAAUGACCUCUCGAUGUCAUUUUCAUUGAAACCAAAGUGGGAAAAUUUUAAAUCAGCCAAUUUAUUAAAAAAUGCCACAACUCAGAAUAAAAUAAACGACAAUGAAUCGAAAUGCUCCACGACCGAUAUGACUGAUAUGAGUUUUCGUUCGAGCCCAAUAGAGUUCGCACCCAAAUUUGUAUCGACUCCAAAAAAAGGGAAUGCAACAAAACGAGGAGUGCAAGUGGCUGAAUUGAGUAAAGAACUGAUAAACAGGACAGAGCAAAAAGGUAAUGAUGUUACACAACGGAAGCCUUGUGCAAAUAAUUCAGCUUCACUUAUAAACAAAACAUCAACGAGUGCUCGUUUGUUAAGCAUUGUGAACAAUUCUUGCGUAUCAAUUUGUCACACGAUGAGAACUAUUUUCUGUCGAAAGCCAGCAGAUACAAAAUCCAGAAGUCUUUUAAAGCAAAAGUUCAAAAUUGACGAGGCGACGAUGUUUAAGUUUACUGAAUAUUUGAAACAGAGAGUUUCACACCCUGAUACAAAAGCUGGUAACAAACUAAACGUUCAAAAACAAGUCCAACGAAAAUUAGCUAUUAAACGAAAAUUCAGAAAGAGCAUAGUAAGGAAACUUAAAACAGGAAUGCAUUUUUAUGGUUGUAAUUUUAAGAAAAUAGCUCAAGCCAUGUGGUCGCACGAAAAGGAAAUGACGCCCAACGUGCUUUAUAAUAUUUAUAGAAAGUAUGUACUCAAAUGAACGUUUGUUAACCAAGUUACUUUUUUACAAAAGGUAGGUAACAUUAUAAUUAUAACCGACUUGAAAGAAGGCGAGGUUAAUAUCAAUAAAGCCAUAUUUUUGUGAUUAUUUCUGAAAUGAUUUGAAAAAUGUAUUUUUUGUUUAAUGUACAUGCAUAUUGAACUAUUAUUACUAUGUAUUGUAUACCUAAAAUCGGAACAGAGAACCUGUAUUUUGCGAUUGCGUCAAUUUCAUUAUUGUUUGGUAUGGCUCAACUGUAGACUGUUCAAAAAACAUAACAAUUGGUCAAUUUGAUUAUUCCACCAGAGCGGCUACCGCGAAAACCGAAAUUCGCAAAUUGCGGGGAUCUUUCUCUUUUACUCUAAUGAA